GACAUCAUUUGCGAUUCAGUCAGUAACACUAAACUAUAAUAAGAAAUUAUCAGUGAAGUAAUGGAUAAUUCCAUUUUUAAAAGUUUAACGCUAGGAGUUACGUUCAAGAAGCGUAAAUUGGAUAAAGAUCCAGUAAAAGCUAAAAUUGAAGUUUUCAAAGAGGAUUCAGAUCCAGAGAUUGUUGAUUCAAGUACUUCCAUUAAAAAGAAACGAAAAAAGCUCUCAGAAGAAUACUUACGAUGUAAAAAUUUGGAGGAAACUAAUAAACUUUGUAAAAAACAUCACAUCAACGUUAAAGGAUGCGUUGAGAAAGUGAAACCGGUUGAAUCUUUCCAAGAACUUUUCGAUCGUUUCCCAUUGAACUUGCAACUUGUGGAUAACAUUAAAAACUUCAAAUAUGAAACUCCUACACCCGUUCAAAUGCAAGUCCUUCCUUUGUUUCUUGAAGGAAAAUCUCUUAAAGUUGUUGCUCCGACUGGAUCUGGUAAAACACUAGCAUUCGUUGCUCCACUUAUCCAAAAUCUUCUUGACGAUAGAAAGUUGGCAUCAGAUGAAAGUAAUCAAAUCGAAUCCAUCAUUUUGGUUCCAACCAGAGAACUUGCAUCACAAAUUCUCUCAGUUACAACUCGCUUAUGCUACGAGACCGGAAUCCGAGCUCACAUCAUAACAAGCACAAAUGAUGAUCACAUGAAGAACUUUCAUAAAAAGAAAACAAAUAUUUUAAUCAGUACGCCACUCAAACUUGUUCAUUUCAUUAAAAGCAACGCAAUGAAGUUAAAUCAAGUGAAAUGGAUAAUAAUUGAUGAAGUUGACAAGCUUUUCGAAGAAAGUAAUCACGGAUUCAAAGAAGAUCUUGAUCAAAUUCUAGCAGCGUGUUCGAAUGAGAAAAGAAAAUUCGCUUUGUUCAGUGCAACGACGAAUAAAGAAAUGACGCCAUUUGUGCAUGAAAACUUGAAAGAAUUCGCCACUGUUAACAUUUCGCCAAACAUCCCAACAUCUUCUGUUGAGCAAGAAUUAAAAUAUGUUGGGAUGGAAUCAGCAAAGUUACUUGCAGUCCGUGAAAUCUUUCGCGAAGGUGUUUCACCUCCAGUUCUUAUCUUCGUUCAAUCAAAAGAUCGUGCGAAACAAUUAUUCUCGGAAUUGAUGUUUGAUGGUCUCAACAUUGACAUCAUUCAUUCAGAUCGUUCACAAAAAGAACGAGAAGAAGUUUACAAGAAGUUUCGUGAAGGUCGCAUUUGGGUUUUAAUCUGCACUGAACUUAUGUCGCGUGGAAUUGACUUUCGUGAUGUUAUGAUGGUCGUAAACUUUGAUUUGCCAACAUCAGUGUACAGUUACAUUCACAGAGUCGGUCGAUGUGGUCGUGGAAAUAAAACAGGAAAGGCAAUCACGUUCUACACCAACGACGACAAGAAAGGAAUUCUUCGAGAUAUCGCGAAGUUAGUUGAGAAAUCAGGUUCACAUGUUGAAGGAUUUUUAUUACAACUCAAGAAAAGCACGAAGAAAGAACGAUUAGCAUUGCUAAAGAAAGCUCCGAAAAGAAAAAAUAUCAGCAACAAAAUUGUUGUCAAUAAAAGGAAAAGCAAAACUUGGAAGAAAAAUUUAAAAAAGAAAAUUAAUGAAGAUGAUGAUUGAAAAUGUUUGCAAAAAUUAAUAAAUUAAUAAAAAUGAUUCUAAAAUGUAAA